AUUUUUCGUGUAUGGUUGAUCUCUUAGGCCGGGCGGGUAUGCUAGAGGAAGCUGAAGACUUGCUGCAGCAGGCACCGGUUAAUGGGGACUGUGUGAUGUGGAGCUCGUUGUUGCGUAGUUGUAGGAUACACAAGAACGAAACAGUCGGAAGACGAACGGUAAAAACUUUGUUGUUGGAGCUUGAUGUCGAAGAUCCUGAGAUAUGGUUGCAAGCUUCAAACUUUUAUUCUGAAAUUGGAGAGUUUGACACUGCAAUGCAAAUCAGGGAAAUUGCAAUAGCAAGGAAAGUGAAAUGGGAGAUGGGUCACAGUUUGAUCGAGGUAAACAGUCACCAUCACCGCUAGCAUCUUGAAAUGAUGAAACCACCUGAUCGGAUUCUUCAUUGACCCCACUGUGGCUCUGUAUGGAGGAAAUCUUGGUCAGGGGCUCCAUAGACCACCUCUCACGAAAACACAAGAUCCCUUGUAUUUUAAUCCCGCUCGACUCCACUUGACUCAACAGGAUCCCACAUAGUGUGUGAGUUGUCCUAAUCAAGCAGUCUUACCAGAAUUCUCUCCAGUCUCCACUGCAUGAUGCUUUCAGCUAAAUUUUCAUCUGGCCGGCCCCUGCUCAUGAGCGGUUUUUGGAGUUGCAAGAGACGUGGUCUGUGACAACAUGAGCAUGCUUCAUGAGCUUGAAAGCUUUAACAUAGAAGAAGACAAUGAGCUGAAUGUUUUCGACAUCCCGACAUGGAAAAGUGAACGUGGUAGCAAGACUCUUGUUAACGUGGAUAGCUUCGGCGCAGCUGGGGAUGGAGUUUCUGAUGAUACUCAGGCUUUCCAGAAAGCCUGGGGUAUUGCUUGCAAUACAACAAAAGCAGUUUUCUUGGUACCCCAAGGACGCCGGUAUCUAGUGAAUGCUACAAAAUUUCAAGGGCCAUGUGCGGAUAACUUGAUCAUCCAGAUUGAAGGAACUAUAGUAGCACCAGAUGAGCCUAAUAACUGGGAUCCAAAUUUUCAACGAACAUGGCUUGAUUUCACUAAACUGAAUGGAGUCCUUUUCCAAGGGCAUGGCGUUAUUGACGGCUCAGGCAGUAAAUGGUGGGCCGCAUCCUGCAAAACGAACAAGACAAAUCCUUGCAGAGGGGCACCAACUGCAUUUACUAUUGAUAAAAGCUCAGCUAUAAAUGUAAAAGGCAUCACCAUCAAGAACGCCCAACAGAUGAAUUUUGUCAUCUCUCAGUGUGACGCGGUGCGAGUUAAUGCAGUACAAGUCUCGGCUCCAGGAGACAGUCCCAACACUGAUGGAAUCCAUAUCACGGCAUCUACUAAUGUGAUUCUCCAAGACUGCAAAAUUGGAACAGGUGAUGAUUGCGUCUCAAUUGUCAAUGGUACCUCUGGAAUUAAGAUGAAAAGAAUCUUUUGCGGACCAGGACAUGGAAUCAGCAUCGGAAGUCUUGGGAAGGAUAACUCCACUGCCAUGGUCACAAAAGUGGUCUUGGAUACAGCAUACCUCAGGGAGACGACCAAUGGCCUCAGGAUUAAGACUUGGCAGGGCGGUGCUGGUUAUGUUCGUGGAGUCCGUUUCCAGAAUGUGAAGAUGGAAAAUGUAUCAAACCCGAUAAUCAUAGAUCAGUUUUACUGUGAUUCCCCCAAAACUUGUCAAAAUCUGACAUCAGCGGUGCAAAUAACCCAAGUCAUGUACAAGAACAUUUAUGGAACCACAAAGAGUGCGAAGGCCAUGAAAUUUGCCUGCAGUGACACAGUUCCAUGCAGGAACAUAGUCCUGACUGACGUCAACUUAGAGAAGGAGGAUGGCCAAGUGGAAACAUACUGCAACUCUGCGCAAGGCUUCGGGUAUGGCAUUGUGCAUCCUUCAGCAGAAUGUCUGAAUUCCCAUGACAAAGAGACAUCUGAAGCUGAGCUUGCAGAUCUGACUACAGCGGAUAUUGUGCACACUGAGCUAUGAUUUGGUUCCCUAUAUGCACAUAACUAAAUAACUGUUUGAUAGUAUACUGAACAGGGUAAUGAGCCUGUAGAGUGCUCUUUAGUAAUGUAAAGGAUUAUUGGAGGGAGGUUUAAGGGGCAGUUGCGCAGAAUAUUAUUAUAUAGAAUUAUAGUUAUGAAAUUGAUCACUCUUUUGUUAAAGACACUGUCUCAUUGAAAAAACCUCA